AUGGGACCAGUCUCUUUUCUUCCCAAAUAUCAGAAAUUAAGCACUUGGAAAGGACAUUUGGCCAAGAUGACCCAUUUACAGGCUGGACUCAGCCCAGAGACUAUAGAGAAAGCUCGCCUAGAACUGAAUGAAAACCCAGAUGUUUUGCACCAGGAUAUUCAGCAAGUCAGGGACAUGAUCAUCACCAGGCCUGACAUUGGAUUUUUACGCACAGAUGAUGCCUUCAUCCUGAGAUUUCUCCGAGCCAGGAAGUUUCACCAAGCAGAUGCCUUUAGACUCCUGGCCCAGUACUUCCAGUACCGCCAGCUAAACCUGGACAUGUUCAAAAACUUCAAGGCUGAUGAUCCUGGCAUCAAGAGGGCCCUCAUCGAUGGGUUCCCUGGAGUGCUGGAAAACCGCGAUCACUAUGGCAGGAAGAUUCUUCUGCUGUUUGCAGCCAAUUGGGAUCAGAGUAGGAACUCCUUCACAGACAUCCUCCGGGCCAUCCUGCUGUCAUUGGAAGUCCUUAUUGAAGAUCCGGAGCUUCAGAUAAAUGGUUUCAUUUUAAUUAUAGACUGGAGUAAUUUUUCCUUCAAACAAGCCUCCAAACUGACACCAUCAAUCCUCAAACUGGCCAUUGAAGGGUUGCAGGACAGCUUUCCUGCCCGCUUCGGAGGAGUCCAUUUUGUCAACCAGCCCUGGUACAUUCAUGCCCUGUACACACUCAUCAAGCCAUUCCUUAAAGACAAGACCAGGAAACGGAUUUUCCUGCACGGAAACAACUUAAACAGCCUCCACCAGCUAAUACACCCUGAAUUUUUGCCGUCUGAAUUUGGAGGAACCCUUCCUCCUUAUGACAUGGGAACUUGGGCCCGGACGUUACUCGGUCCUGACUACAGCGAUGAAAAUGACUACACUCACACCUCCUAUAAUGCAAUGCACGUGAGACACACGUCCUCCAACCUGGAGAGGGAGUGCUCACCCAAGCCGAUGAAGAGAUCUCAGUCUGUGGUAGAAGCUGGGACCCUGAAACACGAGGACAAGGGAGAGAAUGAGAACACUCAGCCACUCCUGGCUCUGGACUGA